AUGGAAUCCCGCUGUUUCGGUUUCGUUAAAUUUGUUCACCAAGCUGAUGCCACGGACGCUAGGCAUGAAGUAAAUGGCGUCGAGCUUGACGGACGCUCGCUUCGUGUGGAUUACUCUGUCACCGACCAUGCCCAUGAACCAACUCCUGGAUUGUACUGUGGCGAGGCUAGGCAAAGGGAUUACGACCGCAGGCGCCGACACAAGCGCUCCCGAAGCCGCUCCCCGCCCCGACGGACCCGUUAC